AUGCAAACGGAAGCGACGGUGGGGGUGGUGGAAGGUGGUGGACCCGCUCGUAAAUUGGUGCAAGGUAUGCAUUCUGAUGCUUCUACGUUAAGAAAAGCCAGUAUAUGGCUUGAAGCAACACGUAUAGUCAAUGAAGCAAAGGCAUGGUCAAAUUCAAAGAGCUUUUACAUAGAAAAAGCUUUUAUUGUGGAAUCUUUCAAUAGAGCGAGUCCAAAAUUUUUAACAGAUUAUUAUCUGUUGCAGCUUGCAAAGUUGGAGAGUCUGGCAUCCUGA